AGAGGGAGGAAGGACGGCACAGCUGACAGGACAGGACGGCAGUGCUCCUGAGCGUUUCUGGAGCAGAAGCUCUUCCCCCAGAGGGAGGGACGCACCGGGCAGCAGGCACCAUGGAGCCCCCGUCGGGCCCUCCCCGAGGAGGACGCGUCCCCUGGCAGGAGGUCCUGCUGGCAGUCUCACUCCUAACCUUCUGGAGCCCGCCCACCACUGCCCAAGUCACUGUGGAAUCGGUGCCGCCCAGUGUUGCUGAAGGGAAGGAUGUUCUUCUGCUCGUCCACAAUCUGCCUGGGGAUCCUCUAGGCUAUGGCUGGUUCCGAGGGGAAACUAUAGAGCCCAGCCGUCAAAUUGUAUCAUAUGUAGUAGACGCACAAGUAACUACCCCAGGGCCUGCACACAGUGACAGAGAGACAAUAUACCCCAAUGGAUCCCUGCUGUUCCAGAACAUCAACCUGAUCGACACAGGAUACUACACCAUACAAAUCACAAAGAGAAAUCUUCAAGUUGAUCAAGGAACAGGACAGCUGCGCGUAUUCCGUGAGUAAUUCCUCUCUCAC